AUAAAAAAUUAUGUAAAGAUGCCAAUGUCAGUUUGACUUUUUCUAUUUUUAUGAAGAUUCAAUAUUCAUGAGUUUCUGAUGAAUUAAACCCCAAUUCCCACCUUAUGAUUUCACUUUCCAUUAAUUGAUAUCUUUUUUUAAACACGAAUUUGGUAUAUAUGAGUGUUUAUCAAAGGCCCAUGUGAAAAUAUUUCAAAAUUUUGAAUCUGUACUCGUAUUUGGAAAAUCUGCAUAUCGUCCCAAAGAGAUCUCGUUUCGAUAUGGCAAAUCAUCAACCGAAAAAUAUUCUGAUUACUGGAGCUGCUGGUUUCAUAGCAUCCCAUGUCGCAAACAGGCUAAUUCGAAAUUACUCCGAGUACAGAAUUAUUGUUCUUGACAAACUGGAUUACUGUUCGAAUUUGAAAAACCUUGAUGCCUCGCUAUCAUCACCAAAUUUCAAAUUCGUGAAAGGAGAUAUAUGCAGUGCCCGCCUUGUCAAUUAUUUACUUGAUACAGAGUCCAUUGACACAAUUAUGCACUUCGCAGCACAAACUCAUGUUGAUAACUCAUUUAGUAACAGCUCUGAUUUUAUUAAGAAUAAUGUUUACGGGACUUGUGUCCUUCUUGAAGCUUGCAAAACUUUUGGUCAAGUUAGGAGAUUCAUUCACGUCAGUACAGACGAGGUCUAUGGCGAAACAGAUGAGAAUGCUGUUGUGGGAAAUGAUGAGAAUUCACAGCUUCUCCCAACAAACCCAUAUUCAGCAUCCAAAGCUGGGGCUGAAAUGCUUGUCUUGGCAUAUGGACGAUCAUAUGGUCUACCUGUGAUAAUCACAAGAGGGAACAAUGUUUAUGGGACACAUCAAUUUCCUGAAAAGUUAAUUCCUAAAUUUAUGCUAUUAGCAAUGAAAGGAAGGCACCUUCCAAUUCAAGGUGAUGGGUCCAAUAUUAGAAGUUACCUCCACUGCGAAGACGUUGCAGAGGCUUUUGAUAUCAUACUCCACAGGGGUGAAGUAGGUCAUGUUUACAACAUAGGGACAGACGAGGAGAGGAGAGUUGUUGAUGUUGCAAGGGAUAUUUGCAGGUUAUUUUCAUUGAAUCCAGAUGCUGUGAUAAAGUUUGUGGAGAACAGGCCCUUUAAUGACCAAAGAUAUUUCUUGGAUACUCAAAAGCUGAAAAAUUUGGGAUGGUCGGAGCGUACUGGAUGGGAGGAUGGUCUAAGGUUAACUGCUGAGUGGUAUAUGAGAAAUCCUGAUUGGUGGGGAGAUGUUUCUGGGGCAUUGCUCCCUCAUCCAAGAAUGCUAUCCAUGCCUAGGAUCAAGAAAGAGAAGAACUUUGGUGUUGGAACUCUUGAGUCGUCCUAUGUGCUAAAUGAUUGUGGCCAGGAUGGUCAGGAUCGAAUAACAUAUCUUAAAAAUUCCAUCACUGGACAUAAAAGCCGUCUCUGACAUUCUCGAUUUAUGAUACAACUCGUGAUGGUCUUUCUGGAAAUCUGUGAGAACAAGUGGUAUAUGGGGUGCUUUCUUCAGCAGUUGCAGUAUUUGUAUAUUUCAGAAACUCGUUGUCUUGAUGGCACUGGAAGGACUCAGUUAUUUAUUUCACAGAUGAUUCUGCUACCAGAGUUUGACUUGAACCAGGGUGGUGGAGCUUCAUGAUCUGUUAACCAACUUAUUGCCAACGUUAAAUUGACAAGGUUCAGCCACCAAGUUAGUGAGUCGAAUGAUCUCCAGAAAGUCGAAUAAAGAGUUUACCCAAGUUGGUAGUAUACUCCAAAAGUAGAUAGAAAACGAACAUCGCUAUUGAUCAUCCUUAUUGAAUGUAUUUAUAUUUUAUGAACAAAAGCUAGUGUAGUCGAUUGCUUGCCCACCGUUAGAAAUGAUUUUUUGAACAUGUUUCCAUUUCUUGUA